CUGUUUUAUUUGCGGUUGGUUGGUGACAAACCGUUCCAAGAUGGCGCCCAGAAGAACUAGAACUAGAAGCGAAGGAAACAAGCACGAAACAAAGCACGAGUUUCACACCAACAACGCCGCUCCCGAGCCCGAGAAUGUAGGAGCUAGCGGAGAACAACAUCACGUCGAGUCCGAAGAGGAGAGACUGGUCAAAGAGAUUGCCAACAUGCCCCUGUGGACGUAUCUGUGGGCAGAGUUGACCAGAGGUUAUCUGUUAGAGAAUGAAGAAGAGAAGUUUGCAGAGAGAAGGGAGAGAGUUUACACCUUCAUGAAGAUUCCUCAGGUGUUUGAGAAGCUGAUGUUCUAUGGGUUCUUCCUGUGCCUGGAUGCUUUCCUAUUCAUCUUCACCUUCCUGCCCCUGAGAGUCAUCAUCGCCCUCAUCAGGCUCAUCACCAUGCCAUGUCUGCAGGGGAAAAGAUCCAGACUGGAGCCAGCCCAGAUCUGUGAUCUGAUCAAGGCAGGGAUCAUCAUCGUGUGCACCAACAUCCUGUUUUAUGUGGACACCUCCAUGCUGUACCAUGUAGUCAGGGGACAGUCCAUUAUCAAACUCUACAUCAUCUUCAACAUGCUCGAGGUGGCUGACCGUCUGUUCUCAGCUGUUGGUCAGGACAUCCUGGACGCACUGUUCUGGACGGCCACCGAGCCUCGUGGUCGGAGGAGGGACCAUUUAGGUGUCAUCCCCCACUUCUUCAUGGCCAUCAUCUAUGUCUUUCUCCACUCCACAUUAGUGCUGUUCCAGGCCACCUGUCUGAACGUGGCCUUCAACUCCCACAACAAGUCACUUCUCACCGUCAUGAUGUCCAACAACUUUGCUGAAGUCCAGUCAAAUGUCUUCAAGACUUUUGGGAAAAAGGCCUUGUUUGAAAUGUCUUGCAAUGAUAUCCGGGAAAGGUUCCACUACCAUGUUCUCCUGUACAUUGUGGUGAUGAGAAAUAUGACAGAGUUUAACUGGAGCCCAGACCACCUGUACCAGCUGAUCCCAGACGUGUCCAUGAUCAUCGCUGCCGAGUACCUGGUGGACUGGGUCAAACAUGCCUUCAUUACCAAGUUCAACGAGAUCCCUGCAGACGUCUAUGAUGAGUACCGUGCCAGCCUAGCUUAUGACAUGAUCAGCAGUCGACAGAAGAAUGCUUUCUCAGACCAUUCAGAUUUGGUUUCCAGAAGGAUGGGCUUCAUCCCAUUACCCCUCACAUGUCUGGUUUACAUGAUUACUAGGAAGUCGGUGAAAGUACAGGGCACGACAGGCAUCUUCCUCUUGGCCCUCACAUAUUUAGCCCUUGUAACAGUGAAAGUGCUGAACAGCAUUGUCCUCUUGGGGAAUGCCUGCAAGUAUGUGAAAGAGUCAGAGAUGUUCAAGAACAAGCUGGCUAGCCGGCCGGGGAGUAGGAACGCCAGCCGGGCGGGCAGCCAAACAAGCCUCAACAACCCCAUCCCAACAUCCCCUCCACCCAACGUUGAGAUCACCAGGACAGGGUCAUUCUCCAUCCACCCAACCUCCACGCAGAGCAACGACAGCUCCGUAGAGGUCAUAGGAGCAGACCCUGUGGUACACACAAGCCCAGAGAAGCAACCUACUGAAAAGAAAAACGAUUACACGAAGGAAACUGCUUCAAAAGAAAACGAAAAAGCGCAGACUUGUGUUAAAGCAAAAGAGCAUGAGGGAAAUACUGAUCAGCACAUCAGGAAAAGUAAAGAGGAGGAAAAAGAACCGCACCACGGGAAAACUCGCUCACCGGAAAAGGGAGGUUCAGAGAAAACGCAAGAGGGGGCGACAGGUGAAGACCGUAUUAAAGAUGACUCACAGAAACAGGAAGAGAAAAAAGAUGAUAAAACAGAGACAAAACUGCCAGAUAAAGACACUGAACUGAAAUACAGGGGAAGUAAAACUGAUAUCAGGGAGGUGGACAGAUUCACUCUGUGUGGAAAGGAGAUUAUUUAGAGAUAAUUAAAGGAACUUGAGUUAUUAUUCAAAUGCCACCUAGGCCACACUGACUUUGAUAAUAUGGAUCACCCUUCUGGUCACCCCAAAUCUGAUGC